CUAUCUCUCUUUAACUCUAGUCACUAAUCAUUCUUGUUCUUUUUCUAAAUUUCUACAAAGCUUGUCCCUUUUAUGCCGCUUGCUCUUGAUUAAAGUUGAUGACAGGUUUAAAUUGAAAAAUUGCCAGCCGUAUAUUUUCCCCAGUUUCUAUAAGCUUAUAAAAUGUCUAAAGCUCAUCCACCAGAAUUAAGAAAAUUUAUGGAUAAGAGGCUAACCUUAAAAUUGAAUGGUGGUAGACAAGUUACUGGUAUUUUACGAGGAUUUGAUCCAUUUAUGAAUUUAGUAGUUGAUGAAUCUUUUGAAGAAUUUAAAGAUAAGAGUAAAGUUAGUAUUGGGAUGGUGGUUAUUCGUGGAAACAGCAUUAUAAUGUUGGAGGCAUUGGAUAGGAUAUAGUUUUCAGUUUAUAAUGUAUGAUAGAAUUAAUUUUUGGUGUUAAAUGAAUGUAAUGGAAUUAAUACUAAUAAAUACAGACAAUUUGUAAAAAAUACAUCAACUUUCCUAUUUCAAUGACAUUUUAUUUGAAUUUUUUAUUACUAACUACUAAUAAUGGCUCUGGAAUGUACAUUGUACAUUUGAGAUAAGCUGGAUGCAAACUUAAUGCUUUCAAGAAGUAGUAUAAAUAUUGAAUAGAUGUGUUAAAUAUAAAUUGCUGUGUUAUACAUUUAACUAUUAAGCAAAGUCAACCCACAAUUAACAGCUUUUAUAAAAAUCGUGCAGUACUUGCUUAAAGUUACAGUAUUAUGUGACAAAAGGCAAAUCACAGCACUAACAUAAGUUAUUCAAGAAAUGAAACAUAGGCUCUAUAUCAGUUAUAAGCGUAAGGGCUUAGUUGCCCACCUUAUAGCGUGAAAAUCUUAAAAUCCACAUAAAGACCGGCCAUCAUAAGUUUUGAUUGAUUCUUACAUCUAUUACAGUUAUAUGCACUAAAUAAUAAGUUGAGUUUUCUUAAUAUAAUCAAUUAAGUGAAAAAUUAUAAUAAAAUGAUAGAAAUUUA